AUGGCCAAGGAGGGAGCGCAGCGAGCGGAGGAGACGGAGCAGAUGAUCGAGAAGGAGGGCGGCAAGGAAGCCGCCGAGGGCAGCGCCGCCGGCAGCCUGCGGGCCGGGGACACGAAGGAGAUGAGGGCCGUGGUGCUGUCCGCCUUCGGGGGGCUCAACAAGCUCCGCGUGUCCAAGAAAGCCAUGCCGGAGCCGCAGGAGGGGGAGCUGAAGAUCCGCGUCAAAGCCUGUGGUUUGAACUUUAUUGAUUUGAUGGUGCGACAGGGGAAUAUUGACAAUCCUCCUAAGACGCCGCUUGUUCCUGGGUUUGAAUGCUCUGGAAUUGUAGAAGCUCUUGGAGAUAGCGUGAAAGGAUUUGAGAUUGGAGACAGAGUCAUGGCUUUUGUAAACUACAAUGCAUGGGCUGAAGUAGUAUGUACCCCAGUAGAAUUUGUCUACAAGAUCCCAGAUGACAUGAGUUUUUCUGAAGCUGCUGCGUUUCCCAUGAACUUUGUAACUGCCUACAUGAUGCUCUUUGAAGUUGCUAACCUAAGAGAAGGCAUGUCUGUGCUGGUUCACUCGGCAGGAGGUGGGGUGGGUCAAGCUGUUGCUCAGCUCUGUUCAACUAUUCCCAAUGUUACUGUUUUUGGAACAGCUUCAUCUUUCAAACAUGAAGCAAUCAAAGAUUCAGUAACUCACCUGUUCGACAGAAAUGCAGACUAUGUUCAAGAAGUAAAAAGAAUCUCGACAGAUGGAAUAGAUAUUGUUUUGGACUGUCUUUGUGGAGAAAAUACUGGGAAAGGCCUCAGUCUUCUCAAACCACUUGGAACUUACAUUUUGUAUGGAUCAUCUAACAUGGUUACUGGGGAGACAAAAAGCUUCUUCAGUUUUGCAAAAUCAUGGUGGCAGGUUGAGAAAGUAAAUCCUAUCAAGCUGUAUGAGGAGAACAAAGUCAUUGCUGGAUUUUCCCUCUUGAAUCUACUUUUCAAACAGAAUCGAGGUGGCCUGAUCAAGGGUGUGAUGGACAAACUCCUAAAUCUAUAUAACAAUAAGAAGAUCAAGCCUGUGGUUGAUUCAUUAUGGGCUUUGGAAGAGGUGAAGGAGGCCAUGCAGAGAAUCCAUGACCGAGGAAAUAUAGGAAAACUGAUUCUGGAUGUGGAGAAAGCACCAACUCCCCUGAUGGCCAACGACAGCACAGAGACAAGCGAGGCUGGAGAAGAGGAAGAAGACCAUGAAGGGGACAAUGAGAAUAAAGAGCGCAUGCCAUUCAUCCAGUAA